UCUCUCACCUUAUACUAAAGUCAACACCGUUUGACAACGAAAAUGUCAGGUUCAAAACGUUGUGACUCAGUUUCACUAACUCCUUCUGAACUUCAAGGAAGAAGAAGAAGGACAACGUUCUUUGUCAUCGUCCUUCUUCUUCCUGUGGUUAUCGCUGCGGUUUUAUUCCGGCUCGACCCGUUUGAGCCGGUUCUGUUACCAGCACACGAGAUAAGCCGGCCCAACUUGGUGGCUGGCACGCUGGCUCGCAACGACAACAUGCGACGAGGGUCUGAGGUUGUCGGAAAUGGACGCGUGGCGGGGCCGGAAGAUUUAGUUUACGACGUGGCAACGAACGUGGUUUACACGGGGUGUAGGGAUGGUUGGAUCAAGCGAGUCAAGUUGAGUGAUGACUCAGUGAGUGGCUCGGAGGUGGUGGAAGAUUGGGUCAACACCGGUGGAAGACCGCUUGGGGUAGCUUUGGAUCACGGCGGUGCACUCAUUGUUGGCGAUGCCAAUAAGGGGUUGUUGAGAAUUACAAAGGAUAAGAAGGUAGAGCUUCUUACCGAUGAGGUUGAUGGAUUGAAAUUCAAAUUAACGGAUGGUGUUGAUGUAGCAAAAGAUGGUACCAUUUAUUUCACAGAUGCUUCAUACAAAUACUCAUUAAAGGAACACUUCUUAGACUUGUUGGAGGGUAAGCCUCAUGGUAGAUUCAUGAGUUAUGAUCCAAAAACAAAGAAAACAAAAGUGCUUGUCCAUAAUCUCUACUUCCCCAAUGGUGUUGCUGUCUCACCAGAUCAGCAAUUUAUCAUCUUCUGUGAAAGUGUUCUGAUGAAAUGCAAGAAAUAUUACAUAGAAGGCCCUAAGAAAGGAAGUGUUGAAAAAUUUUGUGAUAACCUACCUGGCUACCCUGAUAACAUUCAUUAUGAUGAACAAGGCCAAUAUUGGAUUGGAUUAGGCUCG